AUGGCCCCUUCUUUUAUACCAGAAGACAACAUUCAAUUGUCAUCAGAUGUAUCAGUGAAGGCCUUUACCUCAUCCUUAGCCUUCAACUCUGGAAUUGGUAUCGCCAUCUUUGUUGCUUUCUGUAUUGUCAGGCACUGGAGCAAGAAAAUCUAUCAACCUCGAACAUAUCUUGUUAACAAAGAUCUUCGGCCGCCUGAACUGCCGCCUGGUAUCUUCACCUUUGUUACAGCCUCGUUCAAGGUCAAGGAUACAGAACUGUUGGACAAAGUGGGUUUGGACGCCUAUAUGUUUCUGAGGUUUCUCCGCAUGAGCGCGUAA